CUGUUAUCACAUCCAACAUCCUGUCUUAUGGUGUCAGUGAAGCUGUGACAUUUUGAUGCGGUGGACAGUGGUCAGAAUGGAAGGAUAGUGAAGGAGGAAAAUUGAACCCUUUGAGUGUGAAGAUACGAGAAAUCAUUCCCACACAAAAUGGAGAGAAAGGAAGCAAGGAAGGACUCAACGAGCUCCAGCAGCAGUAGCUCCAGCAGCAGCAGCAGCAGCAGCAGCAGCAGUAAGGAGGAGAUAUUUGAGGAAGCCAAGGAAGGGAAGGAAGCAGACCAGGAGGAGCAGCAGUACAGCUCAGAUAGAGAUACAUGGAGGGAUUCUCUCAACCAGGCAUGGAUGGAGUCCCUUGGAGAAAUUGGUGAAAAGUCCCACAAUGUUCAGGUCACUAAUGGCACCACUGGUCAGAGCACAGCAGUGGAGGUGACCCAGCAGUCUUCCAGCAGUGCUGGCGACCGAGUGCUGACAACACGGGUCUCUCAGGAUUCCUUUGUUGACUAUGGUGGUCAGAUCUUGACAAUGCAGGUCUCCCAGGAGUCCUUCAGCAGUAAUGGUGGGCAGGUCUCCAUGACUCAGGCUUCUCAGGAGGUCUCUAGCUGUGCCGGUGGCCAGAUCCUAACAAAGCAGAUCUCUCAGGAGUCAUGUAGCAGUGCCAGUGGUCAAGUCACAGUGAUGCAAGUGUCAAAGGAGGUUUUUAGCAGUGCCACUGGACAAGUGUUGACCUCGCAGGUUUCUCGAGAGUCGCAUGGCAGUGCCAGCGGCCAGGUGUCGGUGACACAGGACGCUCAAGGGUCCAGCAGCACUCCACGUCGUGGACUCUUGAUGACACAGUUAUCUCGAGAAUCACUGGGCAGUGCUGGUGGUCGGGUCUCCAAAAGGCAAGUGUCCCGAGAGUCCUCCACCAACAGUGAGACAGUGACAUCAUAUGGCCAGCAGACGCAGCACAUCCAGGUGGUGUCCAGCAGCCACAAGAGGAGCCACAGGUCCUCCAGCAGCUCAUCCCUAGAUGGAGUGGAAGGCAAGGAUCAGAUAGGCCACAGAAGGAAGAGGUUGAGUGCAAGCGAGUAUUCAAGUCAUGAGUCUGAUAGUGGUGGCUCCAGCAGCACACCUAUCUCGCCUCUGAGCGCCAAACCCCCCGAGCUGCAGCAGAUAAUAAGGCAGUCUGCGUCGUCCUCCGGCAUUGCAGAGGAGACGAACCUUCCUCCUGCAGGCGAAGAACCAGUGCUCAGUGAGAUGAAGUUUGAGCUGUCAAGUUGGCCUUCCAGGAGUGAGUCAGUGCGCAAAGUUAAGGUGAUGGCACACAAGCCUGUCAAGAGGUCCAUCACCAGCGACCCGUCCGUGCAGCACAUUUACACAGGUGCUAUGGAGCGUCACAUUAAAGAGCUCAAAGAUGAGCGAGAGAGUGUGCAGAAGAAGACCUUCAUGAAGUGGGUCAACUCGCACCUGGUCCGGGUCAGCACACGCAUCGGGGACCUGUACGUUGACCUACGCGAUGGCAAGCAGCUCCUCAAACUGCUGGAGAUCCUGUCAGGGGAGCGGCUGCCACGACCCACCAAGGGAAAGAUGAGGAUCCACUGCCUGGAGAAUGUGGACAAGGCUCUGCAGUUCCUGCGAGACCAGCGGGUGCACCUGGAGAACAUGGGCUCCCAUGACAUAGUGGACGGCAAUGCCCGCCUCACCCUCGGCCUCAUCUGGACCAUCAUCCUCCGCUUCCAGAUCCAGGACAUCACCAUUGAGGAGACAGAGAACCAGGAGACAAAGAGCGCCAAGGAUGCUCUCCUCCUGUGGUGCCAGAUGAAGACUGCUGGCUACCACAACGUCAACAUCAGGAACUUCACCACCUCCUGGAGGGACGGUCUUGCCUUCAACGCCAUCAUCCACAAGCACCGUCCAGACCUGGUGCAGUAUGAGAAGCUGUCACGUUCAAACCCCAUCCACAACCUCAACAAUGCCUUCACUACAGCUGAAAACAAACUUGGCCUCACAAAACUUUUAGAUGCCGAAGAUAUUUUUGUUGAGCAGCCUGACGAGAAGUCCAUCAUCACUUAUGUCGUCACCUACUACCACUACUUCUCCAAACUAAAGCAGGAGACUGUGCAGGGCAAGCGUAUUGGCAAGGUAGUUGGCAUCGCAAUGGAGAAUGACAGGAUGAUCAAGGAAUAUGAGAAUCUGACCUCGGAUCUUCUGAAGUGGAUUGAGACAACAAUCGAGAGCCUCAAUGACCGAGCUUUUGCUAACUCCCUGACAGGAGUACAGACUCAGCUGACACAGUUCAACACCUACCGCACAGUGGAGAAGCCUCCCAAGUUUGUGGAGAAAGGUAACCUUGAAGUGCUACUCUUCACUCUGCAAUCCAAGAUGAGAGCCAACAACCAGAAGCCGUACCUGCCAAAGGAGGGCAAGAUGAUCAGCGACAUCAACAAGGCCUGGGAGCGCCUGGAGAAGGCUGAGCAUGAGAGGGAGCUGGCUCUGAGAGAGGAACUGAUUCGCCAAGAAAAACUGGAGCAGCUGGCUGCAAGGUUCAACCGCAAGGCUGGGAUGAGAGAGACUUGGCUGUCUGAGAAUCAGCGCCUUGUCUCCCAGGACAACUUUGGCUUUGACCUGGCAGCUGUGGAAGCCGCCGCCAAGAAGCACGAGGCCAUUGAGACAGACAUCUUUGCCUAUGAGGAGCGAGUGCAGGCUGUUGUUGCCGUGGCACAAGAGUUGGAGGCGGAGAACUAUCAUGACAUUGAGCGCAUCAAUGCCAGGAAGGACAAUGUUCUCCGAUUAUGGAAUUACCUGCUUGAACUGCUGCGUCUCCGCCGCAUGAGGCUGGAACUGUCCCUGCAGCUGCAGCAGAACUUCCAGGAGAUGAUUUACAUCCUGGACUCCAUGGAGGACAUGAAGGUGCGCCUCCUGAGCGAAGACUACGGCAAACACCUCAUGGGUGUGGAGGACCUGCUGCAGAAACAUUCCCUCCUGGAGGCAGACAUCAACGUGCUGGGUGAGCGCGUGAAGACAGUCAUUGAACACUCCCAGAGGUUCCUGGAUGAUGAGCAGGUGGAGGGCUACCGGCCCUGUGACCCAUCCAUCGUGCUGGAGCGUGUGCAGCAGCUGGAGGACGCCUACGGUGAGCUGGUGAAGCUGGCCGUGGAGCGCAGGCUGCGUCUGGAGGAGUCCCGCAAGCUGUGGCAGUUCUACUGGGACAUGGCAGAGGAAGAGAACUGGAUCAAGGAAAAGGAACAGAUUCUGUCCACCUCAGACAUUGGGCAUGAUCUGAUCACUGUCAACUUGCUACUCACCAAGCACAAGACUGUGGAAGAGGAGCUUUCUUCUCAUGAGCCACAGCUUAUGGCUUGUGUCAAGAUUGGAGAAGAACUCAUUGCACAGCAGCACUUUGGUUCUGACAAGAUUCAGGAGAGAAUUGAUGAAAUUAUGGGCAUGUGGAACAACCUUAAGGAGAAGUCAGCCAACCGCAAGAAGCGGCUGACAGAUGCCGUGGACCUGCACCAGUUCUACACUGAGGCUGAUGACGUGGACACCUGGAUGCUGGAUAUCCUGCGCCUGGUCUCCAGCGAGGACACCGGCAGGGAUGAGGCUACCGUUCAGUCUCUCCUCAAGAAACACAAGGACGUCACAGAAGAGUUGAAGAAUUAUGCCACAACCAUUGAGGCUCUUCACCAGCAGGCCUCAGAACUCAAUGAAAUUGACAGGGAAUCACCUGAUGUGGUUGAGAGGCUUGCUUCCAUUGACAGAAGGUACAAGGAACUGUUAGAACUGGCUAAGAUGAGGAAGCAGAGGCUGCUUGAUGCUCUGUCACUGUACAAGCUGUUCACUGAGGCUGAUGGAGUGGAGCAAUGGAUUGGGGAGAAGGAGCGCAUGCUGCAGACCAUGGUGCCAGCCAAGGACAUUGAGGACUGUGAGAUUAUGAAGCACAGAUAUGAAGGAUUUGAACAAGAAAUGAAUGCCAAUGCAAGCCGUGUGGCCGUGGUGAACCAACUUGCUCGCCAGCUGCUGCACGUGGAACAUCCAAAUUCAGAAGACAUCGUUGCCCGCCAGAACCAGCUGAACCAGAGGUGGGCAGAGCUCAGAGAAAAGGCUGAGAACAAGCGUGAAGAACUCAACUCUGCCCACGGUGUUCAGACAUUCCACAUUGAAUGCAGAGAAACAGUUCUGUGGAUUGAGGACAAGAAGAGAGUCCUGAUGGAGACUGCUGAUCUGGGAACUGACCUGAGCGGCAUCAUGACCCUGCAGCGUCGCCUGUCUGGCAUGGAGCGUGACCUUGCUGCUAUCCAGGCCAAGCUGGACUCUCUGGAAAGGGAAGCCGAUAAGAUCAGCCAGGAGCAUCCCGAGGAGGCUGAACUCAUCCGUGAGCGCGUCGAACAGAUCCGUGCCGUGUGGGACCAGCUGACACAGCUGCUGAAGGAGCGUGAUGCCAAGCUGGAGGAGGCUGGCGACCUCCACCGCUUCCUGCGCGACCUUGACCACUUCCAGGCCUGGUUGACCAAGACCAUGACUGAUGUGGCUUCAGAAGAUAUUCCAUCUAACCUUGCAGAAGCAGAGAAGCUGCUGAGCCAGCACCAGUCUAUCCGAGAGGAGAUUGACAACUACACAGAAGAUUACACAAAGAUGAUGGAGUAUGGUGAGCGCAUCACUGCAGAAGAUGUCACUCCAGCAGACGAUGCCCAGUAUAUGUUCCUGAGGGAGCGUCUCAAGGCCCUGAAGGAUGGCUGGGCCGAGCUUCACCAGAUGUGGGAGAACAGACAGCAGCUCUUAUCUCAGUCUCUCAACUUGCAAAUGUUCUUGCGAGAUGCCAAGCAGGGAGAGGUGCUCCUAAGUCAGCAAGAACACUACCUGAGCAAGGAUGAGACUCCUACCAACCUUGAACAGGCAGAAAACCUUAUUAAGAGACAUGAAGCCUUCCUCACCACCAUGGAGGCAAAUGAUGAGAAAAUCAAUGGAAUUUGUCAGUUUGCACAGAGGCUGCUAGAUGAGGGACACUAUGCUGUCGACAAGAUCCAGAAGAAGGCAGAGAACAUUGAGGAGAGGCGGCAGCAGAACAGAGAACGGGCCUUGGAGCAAAUGGAACGAUUACGGGACCAACUGCAGGUGCACCAGUUCCUGCAGGACUGUGAGGAACUCAAUGACUGGGUGCAGGAGAAACACAUCAUUGCGCAGGACGAGAGCUACCGCUCAGCCAAGACUGUUCACAGCAAGUGGACUCGUCAUCAGGCAUUUGAAGCAGAGAUUGCAAGCAACAAAGACAGGCUUGUCAGAGUGCAGCAGGCCGGAGAAGAAUUGGUCAAGGAGAAACCAGAAAUGGCUGAGAUGAUUGGACCAAAGAUUUCAGAGCUAAAUCAACACUUCGAAGACCUCGAAAGCACGACAAAGGAGAAGGGCGAACGACUCUUCGAUGCCAACAGGCAAGUUCUGUACGAACAAACAUGCGAUGAUAUCGACACCUGGAUGAGUGACCUCGAGAAACAGAUUGAGGGUGGAGACACAGGCAUGGACUUGACCUCUGUAAAUAUUUUGAUGCAGAAGCAACAUUUGAUUGAAACACAAAUGGCAGUCAAGGCCAAACAGGUAGAACAGCUCGAGAGUCAGGCAGAUUACCUGCAGCGUAUGGAUCCAGAAAAGACAGAUAAGGUCAAGUCAAUGAAGGCCAAGGUGGAAGCCAAGUUCGAGUCCCUGAAGGCACCUCUUCUUGACCGAAAUGAAGCCCUGAAUAAGAAGAAAGAGGCUUUCCAGUUCAGGCGAGAUGUGGAGGAUGAGAAGCUCUGGAUCCAGGAGAAGAUGCCUCAAGCCACCAGCUCUGAGUACGGCAACUCCCUCUUCACCGUCCACAUGCUGAAGAAGAAGCUGCAGAGUCUGAGCACAGAGAUUGACAACCAUGAGCCCAGGAUCAACCUUGUGUGCGAGAAUGGACGCAAGCUUAUCGAGGCUGGACACACAGACGCCGAUGAAUUCCACAAGCUGCUGGAGGAGCUGCUGGAUGACUGGGCGAAGCUGAAGGACGCCAUGGAAUUCCGACGAUCCAAACUCAUGGUGUCUGAGAAGGCCCAGCAGUACCUCUUUGACGCCAGCGAGGCCGAGGUCUGGAUGAGUGAGCAGGAGCUGUACAUGAUGGUGGAGGACAGAGGCAAGGAUGAACUUUCUGCCCAGAACCUGAUGAAGAAGCACCAGAGCCUCGAGAGUGAUGUCACUGACUAUGCUGAGACCAUCCGACAGCUGGGCGAGACAGCCAGACACCUCAUCAGUGAAGAGCACCCUGACAGUGAACAGAUCAGCAAAAGACAGUCCCAGAUUGACAAGCUGUACGCUGGCCUGCGGGAUCUUGCCGUGGAGCGACGCAGCAAACUGGACGAGGCACUGAAGCUCUUCAUGCUGAACCGAGAAGUGGACGACCUGGAACAAUGGAUUGCCGAGAGGGAGGUCGUGGCUGGGUCUCAUGAACUUGGCCAGGACUACGACCACGUUACGAUGCUUCGAGACAGAUUUAAGGACUUUGCCAGAGACACAGAGACCAUUGGCAAUGAGCGGGUUGCAGCUGUUAACGAGAUUGCUGACCAGCUCAUCUCUGCUGGCCACUCUGAUGCGGCCACCAUCGCUGAGUGGAAGGAUGGCCUCAACGAGUCAUGGGCUGACUUGCUGGAGCUCAUUGAGACGCGCACACAGAUGCUUGCUGCCUCAUGGGAGCUGCACAAGUUCUUCCAUGACUGCAAGGAUGUGUUGAGUCGCAUUCUUGAGAAGCAGAACAGCAUUUCAGACGAGCUUGGCCGUGAUGCUGGCUCAGUGUCGGCCCUGCAGAGGAAACACCAGAACUUUGUCCAAGAUUUGGUUAUGCUUCAGCAGCAGGUGCAACAAAUUCAGGAUGAUUCUUCUAAACUGCAAGCUGCAUAUGCGGGUGACAAAGCUCGAGAAAUCACAAACCGAGAGGCAGAAGUUGUGUCUGCCUGGCUGAACUUGCAGGGCAUGUGUGAGGAUCGCAGAGUUAAGCUCAGUGACACAGGUGAUCUGUUCAAGUUCUUCAACAUGGUGCGCACACUCAUACUGUGGAUGGAUGAUGUUAUCAGACAGAUGAACACUACCGAAAAACCAAGGGAUGUGAGUGGUGUAGAAUUGCUGAUGAACAACCACCAGAGUCUGAAGGCAGAAGUGGACGCCCGGGAGGACAACUUCAAUGUGUGUGUGUCUCUUGGGAAGGAGCUGCUUGCCCGCAACCAUUACGCCACGCCGGAGAUCAAGGAGAAGCUCAUGUCCCUCAGCAACCAGCGCAUCAACAUGCUGCAGCGCUGGGAGGAGCGAUGGGAGCACUUACAGCUCAUUUUGGAGGUGUACCAGUUUGCUCGUGACGCUUCAGUGGCAGAGUGUUGGCUCAUGGCACAGGAACCUUAUCUUGUAUCAGCUGAAUUUGGUAGAUCAAUUGAUGAGGUUGAGAACCUGAUCAAAAAGCAUGAGGCAUUUGAGAAAGCUUGUUCGGCCCAGGAGGAACGGUUUGCUGCCCUGGAGCGGCUGACCACGCUUGAAAUUAAAACACUCAGUCGUCGAGACUCUUCCUUAAAGAAUAGGGACUGGAGCAGCCGCCGUCUCUCCAUGCCCUCCUGCCCCACUCACUCUUAUGGCUCACACCACAGCUCCUCCCCGGCCUCCAUACUCCCUUUCUUUACUGCAUUUUCCUGCCCUUCUUUGAGUAUGUUCCACUCCACACAAGUCAACAGUGGCUUGAGAAUGCCAGAUAUUAGGAUUCAACCUCCUGUGCUCAGUGGAAUUAGAAAACGUAAGCGUCUUAAAUCUGCUUCUAACCCACAGUUGUCACAGACCAUCAACUUCAAAGAUUCUGACACAAAUGGUCUGUUUCAUGAUAUACGAUUUGAACGUGGCAACUAUUUUGAAGGCCAGCAAUCCAAUAUUCACUUGGGCCUUCCAUUGCAAUCAGAUGCUGGCACCUCACUGUUCUUGAAUUCACGAACUUCUGGCAGUAAUCACCAGUCAACAGACAGCUUAGGCAGACAUGACUCUGUAUCCCCAGUGGACUCCCUUGAAGGCCCAGAGCAUGAGCUUGUGUCUGCUAGUCCAAUUCAAGAAUUUGUUAGUGUGGACAAGUAUGAAUCGCCUUAUUUAGAGGAAUCAGCUUAUCGCAUUUCAUCGUUCUGCUUGCAACACAAUGGUGGUAGUGGUGCCCCAGAUGUGAGUGAUGAGGAGGUCUAUGUUUCAUCAGGGAAUAAUAGAUUUUACAUGAGAAAUCCAUUGUUAGUCUAUUCAGACAGUAUGGACAGUUUGGAAGAGGGCCCCACACUGCCACCCAUCUAUGAGGUUGAGGGCGAGGGAUCUGAGAUAACUGAGUUAGCAAGUUCACCAAAAUCUAGUCAGCUUUUAAGGACAGAGUGCACUGAAGGGGGAGUUGAGAAACCUAAGGCACAAGCACAGCAACAGAGACACUCGUGCCAUGACUCCUGUGCUCAGUAUUGCUCUCAGAACGACUCCAUCAUGAGCUACUAUUCUGUCGUCCCUCCUGAAGAAGGGAGGGAAAGUGUGCGCAAUGUUGACCACCUGGUAGAUAGGCUGGAUGUGAAGCACUUGCACAGUUGUUCCUCUCCUUCCUCUCCUUUCCCCCUCACUCCACCCAACACUUGUGAUUCCUCUCCUAAGCUGAGUAACACUAUAGCACCAAGAAAUAACCUGCAUGCUCUGUCGGGUGUAGAGUUUGAGUUGAAAGAACUAAAGAGAAAACAAGAAGAGGAGGAGGAAGAACGGCAGCGACAAGAGGAGCUAGCAAGACAGGCAGCUGCUCCCCCACCACAGUCCCCCGACCAACCCACGGACGGAGUCGAUGGUUCAGGAGAAGAUUCCCACUUGAAUGGAGAGGAGCAUGAUGAAUCACGAGAAGCCGUUGAGCCACCAUCGGCUGUUGCUCCCCCCAAGGGCCACCCCCAUACAUUGCCCCGAGAGCAUGAUGAGAGCGCAGCUGUUCUUCGGGGUAGUGCACCCAGCACCCCACGUCCCCCAUCCACCCCCGCCACACCCACCUUCGCCGCCGCUGGGGCCGGGCGAGGGCGGCCGGCAUCUGCCACCCUCCCUGCCACCACCUCGCCCCCUACUCCUGCUAGCAAGGAGUCGCGACGGAGGGUGCGUUCUAGAUCCAAGUCUCCAUUCCGCUCUUUCCGCUGGAAGAAAACCAAGACUUCUCCAUCCGAAGCACCGGGUAGUGCAUCUGACGAUGAAUCGAACCUGGAAAGGGCAGCAGCCCCCAAACACCCACCCUCAGUGGCCCCCUCAGCGACCGCUACCUCGGCAGUGGCCCCCUCGGCCCCUGCGCCGGCCAAGGAAGAGAGACCAAGCCCAACCGGUGACGAGGACCAGCUGGAAGGUAGUCUGGUGCGCAAACAUGAGUGGGAGUCGACCACAAAGAAAGCGUCCAACAGGUCGUGGGACAAGCUGUUCCUGGUUCUGCGAGGCAACACACUCUUCUUCUACAAGGACCGUAAGAGUUACCAGGCCGCCCCAGAGGUCUACUUCAGGGCUGAGAUUCCCUGCGACCUCUCUGGGGGACAGGCCUCCGUGGCUGAUGACUACACCAAGAAAAAGCAUGUGCUGCGCCUGAGAUUGGUUAGUGGCUCUGAGUAUUUGUUCCAAGCCAAAGAUGAAGAGGAGCUGAACACAUGGGUGGCUGCCCUUCAGGUGGCCACAUCCGCUGAGGGUUCUGCUGGCCCAUCCCGCUCCCAGACACUGCCGGCCGGCUCCGAGAAGAAGGACGAACCCAAGCGACGUAGUUUCUUCACCCUCAAGAAGAAAUAAUGGACUGCCUUAAAGUCCAUGACUGACCACUCUCCCUCCAGUUCCUUGCUUCCUUUUCUAUAUAGUCAUUAUUCUUUCUGCUGGUAAUCUCCUCUUCUGUCCUGAGUCUUUUAAUGUUAAAAAGUUUUAUAAACGCCCAUUUUCAGACCCAGCAUGGAAUACAUACAUGGGGUUUGGAUUGCUGCUGCUGGUGUAGGCCUUUGUUGUUGGCAACUAUUACUGCUGUGGGAGUGGGGACAGAAUAUGCUGUGCUUGGCAUCAUCAGCUUACCCCCAUGCAGUGCCUCCUAUGCUGGGUCCGAAGAGAAGCAUUGCAAAAAUUGUGCUGAUUUUUCUAUAUUGACAAUUUUAUUCUCUAAAAGAUUACUUGACCUUUUAAUUGUAUUAUUGGUAUCACGCAUGAUAUCAAAUUUGCCCUGACAUAAAAUGUUGAUAGUUUUGUGUACUAGUUCAGGUGGAAGAAAUGUGAGUGUGUGCAGUUCCCAAUGUCUGCCUAGCACUGCCAUGGCUGAGUGUUCCUCUCUUGAGGGAUAGUGUGGAAAUAAUAUAUUUAGUGAAUUCUCAUAUGUCCUUUACUUUACAAAAAUAAUGAUUUGUUAAUUUUAUCCGUCUUUAGCUGUAGUACCACAGUUUUGACUAGAUAGCACCUAUGUAAUUGUACUGUACAGAGAAGAUUAGAACUAUACCUACUGUGCUGCUUUAAGCUUAAAUUUACAAACCAUUCAUGUACCACUUCACAGCUGUUCAAAUCAUUAUGAGAGUAUGAGAGCCAGCCACCAACUUAGUCUUGUAAAUGGGCAAAUGUACUCUGCUUGGGAGAGUAGAUGUGUCAUGGAGAUAGUAUUUACUUUUUUCAUUAUCAUUUUUUCCCUUCCAAGUUUUCAGCCAUAAGUUUUCAUACAAAAAAUCAAAUUCAGCAUUUCAACAUCAGCAUUGAUCUGGAGCGCUCCGGAGUCCUUCACAGAGCAGCCAGCCUCCCUCAGCAGCGGCGAGAGUCCUGUGGUCCCGAUUAGCAUGGUAGGAUUCGCUCCUCACCCACACUGUGCUUGACUCGUGCUUUUCAUCAUCUUCAAUUUCCCUGCCGAUGUGACCUGCUGCCUGCUGGAGUCUCAUUCCUGCUGAUCAUGAAUAAAAACUAAAAAAAUAAAAAAAUAAAAAAAAGAGAGACCAAACACUGACGUACGUUUGAUUCACGUUUCCUCGCAUCUUUUCGUCUUCUAGUCAGGAAGUAAAAGCAAUAAAAAAAAGAAGUGUGCUACCCAUGUUGGUGUUCCUCAGGGUCAGGGACUGGGUUCUCGCCUGGUCUCCGACUCCCUCCUCUGUUUCAUGGUUGUUCAUCGGUAGUUGUGAUUUCCGUUUGUUUCCUCUGAGUGUCCACCUUCCAUCACCUGAUUCUCGUGUAGUCCCAAGGCUCCAGCAGCAGCGGUACCACUCGGCAGUUGUAAUGGUGACUAACGACAGAAUUACGUAUCGUUCCACAACUAGACAUCUCUCAGUCAUCGCCACUAACUUUUUAAAGGAGGGAUGUUGGGUGAAACAAAUGCUUACAGGCUUUAUAGCUGUAGGGUAAGAUUUCUGACUAAAUUUACUUGACUGGAGUAAUCUUAAUUGUUACAUAUAAAAGUGACCACUGUAUAUCAUAUAUUGUGACACUUAAAUAAAAUUGUUUAAGUGAU